UGAAAUAAGUUGCAGCCAUAGAGAAAUGAUUAGAGGUUAGGAGAAGAAAAUAGGCCGUAGAAGUUCAUUUUUUGAUCUUUAUUGGAAUUUCUUUAAUUUGUUGAUCAAUAAAUCUCCUCCGAUUGACUCUCCCGUGGAUGUAGGCGAAAGCCGAACCACGUAAAUUCAUGUGUUCUUGUUUGAUUUACUUUCGUUUAUCAUUAUCGCAUUGCAAUUAAUUUAUUUGGAAAUUAAUAUCGAUUAUCAUUUUCUAAUUUUUUAUCGAAUGCAAGUUAGUCAGCCUUCACUUCAGUAUUUUGUUUCUUUUUCUUCAAGUUGAUAUCACUUUCUGUGUUGCUGAUCAGUAUUUGAACCAACAUUCAAGAUUAUAGUCCAAUUAUGUGUUUAUACCUCUCAAACUCAUUGAUUUUUCAAGCAAUAGAUUGACCGGAAACAUUCCCAAAUCAUUUUCCAGUAUGCAGAGAUUAAUUUGUUUGAACCUAUCAAGAAAUAGUUUGACAGGAAAUAUAAUUGGAGAUAUUGGUGAGAUGGAGAUGUUGGAAUGCCUUGAUCUAUCACAGAACCACCUCUCGGGUAAAAUACCAACAAGCUUUACCCAAUUAAAUUUCUUAACCUUUCUUAAUUUGUCGAGCAACGGUUUGUCUGGAAAAAUUCCAACGAGUACUCAACUUCAGAGCUUCAACGCAUCUGUUUAUGCCGAGAAUGAUGGACUCUGUGGGGCCCCUCUGGCAUCGCGCCCCGAAGAUAGCUUGAAAUAUAGAGGCGGACAAGUUCAUGGAUACAAGAAGAAAGGAGGAAUUAAAGAAGGGCUAAGCCACAAAGUGAUGAAAAGUCUAAGGACUAAAUUGCAAACAAUGUUCAGGAGGAAGAAGAAAGGAGGAAGAACUAUUGCUUAUAAAUAUAGUCCAAUUAUGUGUUUAUAAAUAACUAGAAGAUAGUGUGUGUAUUUACACACAAUUGGUGAAUUUCAAAUUAAUUAAUUGUUAAUUGAAUAAUUAUAAUAAAUUUUACAAUAAUUACAAUAAA